AUGCCCUUUAUGCCGUCCAUCCCAGCCCCUCGCACUUUUGUUCUCAAGCCCAAGAUUACAAGCACUGGCCUCCUUGGCACACACUCGCCUACUAUAUACCCAUCCUACUACGAGCUUCUGAGAAUAUCUCUCUCGAACGGCUGCUUUGCCAUGUCUGACGGUAAAGGAAAAUACUGCCAGGUCCAUGAUGGCAUCAGCUGUCGCCCCAACAGAGUCGAUACCGGAUCUGGAUGUUCUGAUGAUACGUCGGAGUAUUUUUCCGAGAAGCAGCGGAUGAACUUGCAGCAGAGGGUCCGUCAGGUUGGCGUCUGGCUUGUUCAUUUCGUGCUUGUAACAGCGUCUGUAACAUUCUUCGUCCUGGGAUGCCAUUUAAGAGCAUCACCGUCCACUAAAUUGGAGCAAGCUUUGCACACAUCAACCUUUUCCCCUCUACUGAAAGAUGUUGGCGAAAUUACCGAAACCAUUAAGUUCAAUGGAACGUUCGACAUGCCGUCAAUAUAUCGUGGCUAUCCCGAUGCUUCGCUUGAUGCAGCAUGGAAGAGAAUUACAAAAGUUGGACCCUUUGCGGUCACCGGAGACGAUGUUACUAAAAUGGGAAAAUCGGCCAGGGAGUGCGCUCAGCUUCCGGACGACCUUGGCGGCGGAUAUAUGGGGACUGUAGAAGUCUUUCAUCAGCUACACUGCUUGGACAUGAUCCGAAAAUAUACUUAUUUAGAAUACUAUGUGGAGCAAAAUCCGAAGUACUGGGGCGACCCGAUGAUGCGAACGCACGUCGAUCACUGCAUCGAGAUGUUACGCCAGGUAUUGAUGUGCUCGAGCGACUUGGGUAUUAUUACCUAUAACUUCGUCGAGUUUCGUCCUGAGGCAUGGCCCGAUUUCAAUACCAUUCAUCAGUGCCGAAACUUUGAAGACGUACUUGACUGGUACCACGAAAGAGAACUACACGCGACAGGUACCGGGUCGCAUUUCAUCACGAAGUCAGCUGGUUCUGUGGUGGUUGCCACGCCUCCAUGA